AAAAGAUUUCAGAGAUAACCCAGUGAGGAGCUCAUCACUAUCUGUCUUCGCCACAUUUCCUCUUUCGAUGGCCACAUUUUCCUCUUCGUCUUCAUUUCUAAUCCAUCAAAACUUCCUGCAAAAACCCACCAAGCCCUUCAAAACCCAUCUCUCAAACCUCAUUUUCCAGACCCCAAAACCCCUAUCCCUCCGCCUAAAACCCGCCGGCGCAAGACUGAAUGCAGUGUCCGAGGCGGCUUCAGUAGCUACGGCGGACCCCUCGUCUGUGGCCGCGAGAAGAUUGUACAUCGGGAAUAUCCCGAGGACCGUCACCAAUGAAGAGCUCCAGAAAAUCGUUGAAGAACAUGGCGCUGUCGAGAAGGCUGAGGUAAUGUAUGACAAAUACUCCAAAAGGAGCAGGCGCUUCGCGUUUGUCACGAUGAAGACUGUUGAGGAUGCGAGUGCUGUUACCGAAAAGCUAAAUGACACAGAAAUCGGAGGACGCAAAAUAAAAGUAAAUAUAACCGAGAAACCUCUGGCGCCUUUGGAUCUGUCAGUUCUUCAAGCUGAAGAAUCUCAGUUUGUGGACAGUCCAUACAAGGUUUAUGUGGGUAAUCUCGCGAAAACAGUAACUACAGAUGCACUAAAAAGUUUCUUUGCCGAGAAAGGGAAAGUUCUCGGUGCAAAGAUAUCGAGAGUUCCCGGGACUUCGAAAUCGAGUGGCUAUGGUUUUGUUUCUUUUGGUUCGGAAGGUGAUGUCGAGGCUGCCAUAUCGUCUCUUAAUAAUGCGGUACUUGAAGGUCAAAAAAUCCGUGUUAAUAAAGCAUAGAAGGUUUAUUGUGUUAGGAACUUGGCUGUUUCGUUUUUUGUAUUUAAGAUCUGAAAAUGCUCGGCUGGUGUGAACUUGAAGUGACCUUGCUUGUUUUCUGCAUGUAUUUUGUUUAGGGAAGUUAAUAUUGGCUAUGCUGUUUUGUGUUAUUGAGGGGUUUAUAUAGGUUUAGCUCAAGCUGUUGUCUUCGAGUUGAUGUAUUAUUAGAUUACUUGCUAUUUCGGUCAUGUUAUGUUAACGGAUUGUUUUUCGACUGCAAAGACCCGUUUUUUAGCAGUGAUUGUUGGCAUGCAUACAAAUCGAAAAUACAUUACACACAAGAAAGGAUGAACAAAGAGACUUGCUCUCUUUGAAAUAUUGAGGAAUAAGAAUAGUUGUGUGUAUUAUGAAUAAGUAUGAAUUCAUGUAAAUGUGAAAACACACAAGAAACGAUGAACAAAUAGACUUUUUCUCUUUGAAAUACUGGAAAAUGAGAAUAAUUUUGUGUAAUGAUGAGGAUGAAUGAAU